GUCAGUCCACAGUACUGAACUGAUCACAGAGGUGACCCUACGAUAUUCAUUUCGUCACCAGUCGCUCGUAAAGCAGCAGCCAUGACGUAUUUGUUAUUUCUCGGAGUUACCGUUUGUUUGGUGGGUAUGUGCUCGUCCCAUUUGUGUCUUCUGAAUCCCCGACAACGAGGCUCUCUAUCCGGGUACAACAAAGCCGCGACAGAGGAUUGUUACCUUACACAGGGCGAGUGUGGCGGGAGAAUGAGUGACCCUAACAACAUGGCGGUCUUCCAGCGUGGUAUGAACUAUACAGUUAUCCUACAAAAGAACUUGGACCACUUUAACACCACCAACCCUGGAUCAUUCGACAUUACCCUCCACCACAAAACCGGUAUAUCCUAUUAUACAAGAACCUUGGCGACCAUACCAGACACUGCAGCGCCCUCUUUGUCUUUAUAUAUGACGGACGUGUACAUCCCCCACGACCUUCAGCUCAGUGAGAGCCCUUCCUACGUCAUAGAGGUUGUCUACAACACCAAUACCAUCCCCGUCACCUUCCGGCAGUGCGCAGAUAUCCUCGUCAUCAUGUGAUCCCAUGUGUUGGUACCACGGACUUCCUUCAAUGCUGGACAUUGCCCCUUGUUUCAUAUUGUUAUUUUGUAAUUUAAAAGUAUUGUUUGUGAGUACAGAAUGGAAUUGCCAAUGAUUAAACCUUAUCAACACAUUCUCAAAAGGACAACACUGUUCGACUAAUUUUUAAAAAGGAAAGUGAACCUUUUUGUAGCAGACAUACGGAUGCCAUCAUAACAGAUUGAAGGAUCAAUUAAUUGCUUAACUGAACUGUGCGUUCUUGGCGAACAUAGCCUAUGUCAUUAUACAGGGUAGAUAAUCCCCAAUGGUACAGUGUUAAGACAGUAGUGAUGCCUCCAGGUCUGUAGUAAAAAGGUCGCAGAUCAGGAGAUUGUAAUUUCAAAAUGAAAAAUAAAACCCGAUAUAAGUCAUUCUA